AUGGGUCAGGCUCCUUCAAGCGGCAUGCCGCCCGGCGGUCACAAGGAUGACAAGGACAAGGACAAGAAGAAGCCCAAGUGGGAGCCCCCAGUGCCCACACGUGUGGGUAAGAAGAAGCGCCGUGGACCCGACGCCGCGUCGCGUCUGCCACCCGUCUUCCCCACCACUCGCUGCAAGCUCAAGAUGCUCAAGAUGGAGCGUAUCAAGGACUACCUGUUGAUGGAGGAGGAGUUUGUGGCCAACCAGGCCGCCUACUCCGGCGAGGACCGUACGGCUGCCGACCGUUCGCGCGUAGACGAGCUGCGCGGUUCGCCCAUGGGUGUUGGCACCCUGGAGGAGAUUAUCGACGACGACCACGCGAUCGUGUCGUCUGGCAACGGCCCCGAGUUCUAUGUUGGUAUCAUGUCGUUUGUCGACAAGGACCUGCUCGAGCCCGGAUGCUCGGUCCUGCUGCAUCACAAGACGCACGCUGUCGUUGGUGUCCUUGCGGAUGACACCGACCCCAUGGUCUCGGUCAUGAAGCUGGACAAGGCGCCUACCGAGUCGUACGCCGACAUUGGUGGUCUCGAGACCCAGAUCCAGGAGAUUAAGGAGUCGGUCGAGCUCCCGCUCACCCACCCCGAGCUGUAUGAGGAGAUGGGUAUCCGCCCACCCAAGGGUGUCAUUCUUUACGGUGUCCCCGGUACCGGAAAGACCCUUCUCGCAAAGGCCGUCGCCAACCAGACCUCGGCCACCUUCCUCCGCAUCGUCGGCUCUGAGCUUAUCCAAAAGUACCUGGGUGACGGUCCCAAGCUCGUGCGCGAGCUGUUCCGCGUUGCUGAGGAGAACGCUCCCAGUAUCGUGUUCAUCGACGAGAUUGACGCCGUCGGUACCAAGCGUUACGACUCGACCUCGGGGGGCGAGCGCGAAAUCCAGCGCACCAUGCUGGAGCUCCUCAACCAGCUCGACGGCUUCGACGAGCGUGGAGACGUCAAGGUCAUCAUGGCCACCAACCGCAUCCAGUCCCUCGACCCUGCACUCAUCCGUCCCGGCCGUAUUGACCGCAAGAUCGAGUUCCCCCUCCCGGACACCAAGACCAAGCGUCACAUUUUCAAGCUGCACACGUCUCGCAUGUCGCUGGCAGAGGAUGUCGACCUCGAGGAGCUGGUGAUGACAAAGGACGACCUCUCGGGAGCCGAUAUCAAGGCUGUCUGUACCGAGGCCGGUCUUCUCGCCCUCCGUGAGCGCCGUAUGCGCGUGACCAAGGCCGACUUUACGACCGCCCGUGAGAAGGUCCUGUACAGGAAGGACGAGAACACUCCUGCUGGAUUGUAUCUGUGA